AUGCUUCUUGCAGUCAUCUUCACAACCCUCCUCGUAUUGGAGGCUGAGGCAGAUGGUAUGAUAUUCAGUCAAUUCCGGGAGACUUAUCCAGAUCUGGUGGACAUUAGCUCGUUGAAGACAUGCUGGAUGCUUGGUGGCGAUGGUAUUCAAAAAGUCGAUCCGAAGAACUAGCAGAAAGGAUACCAGUGUACUGUUAAGCUGAGAGUGUGGUCGGUAAAUGAGAAAGACGCUAAAGACGCUUGUUUGAGUCGGAUUCCGUACUACAUCACCAGUGCAAAGCCGGAGAGUGGGAAGACUUCUUGCACAUUCCAGAUGAAUCUCCGUUGUGGCGACAGCUACUGGCAAAUCCAUGGGCGAUGCUACAAGGUGUUUGACGGGAAGUACACCUUCGAGGAGGCUCAGGAAAUGUGCUCCGAGGAAAUUCAAUCGAAAAGCAAGGAGCUCGAACCUAGAGUUGCCAACUUCUAUGCGAGCAACUUGGACAUUCUGCUAAACGACAUGGUGGGCAUCUACGAUGCAUGGGUUACUGUCCCAAAUAUCAAAGAUUACUUCACCAAUGGAGAAGGAGAAGCGGCAGUUUAUGUCCAGGACUCAGCGUACAAGUAUGACGUUCGUCAGGGAAGCAUCAUUAUGGAUCGAUUGGAAGGAAAGCAUCAGGUGCUUUGCGAGUACAAACCUCCAAUGACCAAGGCCGAGAUGUUCUAUAUGGCAAAUAAGUACUCUGAGAUCUACCCGAUUCAUGUGUACACUCAUGGAGCCAUCUUCACUUCUGCCAGUUACUUGACAGUCACUCAACGUUCGCUGGCCCAAUACACGGGAUUGCAGCAAUACGGAGGAGAGAUUGAAAAGUUUGACACUAGUGAGCUCACAGAGAAAUGCAAACUUCUUGGAAACAUACUCAAUGUGGACAGUAUUCCGAUGUCUCCGAUUGGUGAGGAGCAUGAUGAUGUCAAGCACCUGCUUACUGAUCAUCAAUUCUACAUGGUUAAUGGAUUCAAGAACGAUGGCUGUGGAAGGGGUGACUUCCGUACUCCACAAGAUGGAAACACUGCUGCUCCCUUCGAUCAAAUCGCUUCAAACAAGGAAUAUUGUCAUGCUCACAGUUUCACUUUCCACGCAAAGGAACGGUAUGCUACAAUGGCUGCAAUGCGAGCUCCUGGUAUUUGUGCAAUGCACUCAUUCAGUUGGUCGUACGCGGGCUGUGAUGAAAAGCCAGCAUGGGCUAACGUAAUGUUGGUAUACAACCGGACGGGUCAAACACAGUUCUGUCACUACUUGAACUUUGACCAACCACUUGCAUACACUAACGCAAUAGAUCGUUGCAGCAGUAUUGGUGCGGCAUUGUCUGGAUUCGAUUCGCAAGCUGAAUUGGAUGCAGUGAGAGCUUUAAUGAACGAACCCAAAAAUGCAGCAGAUAAUCAUUACUUCACCGGAGGAAGAGCACCAUGUGAGACUGAUUGCGACGCUGGACUAGGGAAAACUCGGACAGCAAGUUGGGAAAAUGGUGUUGCUUCAAACACUGAUUAUAUGACUGAUUUUCAAUCCUAUACAUCGCUACCCAAUCAAUACGUUUCCAUAAGAUCAAAUUCUCGUCCGCUACAUAUUCACCCGCUGACAGGUGGCAAUGCAUAUGAAACGAUGCUCUACAUCUGUGGUAAAGCUCCAAAAUUGGUUCGUUCGGAAGCGAAGGUCACUGGUCUCAGAACUGGAUAA